AUGCUGGGCGCCCUCUGCGCGGCGGCGCCCUGGCUCGGGCAGCUGGGGGCCGCCUGGGUGGCGCGGCCGCCGCCCUGCCCGCCUUGCCCGGCCUGCCCAGCGGCGGAGCUCCGCUGCGAGCCGCACUGCGGCUCCUGCCCGGCGUGCCCGCCGUGCCCCGGCUGCCCGGCGGUCAGCUGGGCCGCGGGCCCAGAGGCCUCCUGCCCGGCCUGCCCAGCGGCGGCCUGCGAGGAGGCAGCGGCGGCGGCCUGCGACUCGCCCGCCCCGGCCGCCUGCUGGGGCUUCGCGGCCGGGCUGGGGCUCGGUCUGACCGCUGGCCUCGUGCUGGCGUGGGUGCUGGCCGUGGGCCUGGGAGGUGUCCGGCGCCUCGCGAGGCGCGCGGUGCUCCUCCUCGCGCAGAGCGACGGCGGCACGGGCUGCGUCGUCGAGGUCGACCGCGGUGACGGCAGGACGCUCGACGUCGCGGAGAGCCAGAUCUGCAUCAACUUCGACGACGACGAGAACUUUCGGUGGCACCACCGGCUGCUCCUCGUCCCUGGGCAUGCGCCAGGGGAGUGGGUGGCCGCGACGCCGGACGGCGAGAUCCUCGUGCUGCAGCUCUCGGCGCACCUCGUGGUGGCGCUCACGCGGAACGCCCCCUUUCCGCAGCGCGUCCGCGGGAACGUGUACGCCUUCGGCGACCUGGACCAGGACGCGCUGGAGCACCUGCGCAUCGAGGGGCGGAACCUCGCUCGGGUGCUGGGGGUCGCCGUGCCAGCCGCCCCGCCCGGCGCGCGGGUGGCUCGCUGGGUGAUCGCGGAUCCCGCCGUCGAGGGCUUCGGCGACGAGGUCGAGCCAGGCCUGGCCGCGAACGCCGACCGGUUCGUGGGGCGCGACGCGGUGGGGCUGGCGCUCGUGGACGACGAGGCUGGAUGGGUGGCCAUCGAGAACGUGCAAGCGGAGGAUCACCCGCACUGGGUGGCCGAGAAGCGGCGGGGUCCUGGGCGCGACCCUCGGAUCCUGCCGCUCCCGCCGCCUGCUCAGGGCAAGCGGGUCCAGCUGAGCUCGGUGAUCGCCGCCUUGAAGCCGCAGGACGACCCGUCCUGGCCGUUCAGGGGCCCGAAGGCGCUGCCGGA